CUAUGAAUUUUAAUCAAUCAAAAACAUUUUGUUGAAACAUGUACUUGUAGAUCAAUGUGUUUCUUAGCAUUAUUUAUCAUGUACUUGAAUAGGGAGCUUGCAAUGCACAUCAUAUUCUUGGACUUUGACCGAUUCUUAAUCUAUAUUUUUUUUUGCAGCAUAUUAUUUUCAUUUUUAAUAGCAUAGAGAUAGAUACAAUUAUGUUUCUUUAUAUCAUCUUCUUUCUACUUUAUCCCUCUCUUGCUCUAUAUAUUAAAUUAUACCAGUUUAAAGUUCUAAGAAUCCCUUCAACAUGUCACUGAUAUUAACAAAACUUGCUAUGCUGCUAUUUCUAAUGAACCUUGGAAAUUGUCUCAGUGAUUCAUCCAAUCGAUGUCCCUUCAAGCUCGAAUGUACACAUAACAAAAAGAUUCUUGAACUUCCUACUCAACCAGUCCCUGUGAAACUCAUCCUCACUGACAUUGAUUAUACAGACCCAAGAAUAGAUUUAUCUGAUCCUGGAAAUUGUUUACCACAACUCUUACUUGACCACAACUUUUCAUCAAUUUUUCCUUUUAAGCCUUAUCUCUCCGGAUAUUCUGUAUCUAGAAAUAUCAGUUUCUUCAAUUGUUCUUCAGUUGUACAACUCAGAAGCUACAAUCAAGUGUACGAAGCACAAAAUAUGACAUCAUGUCCAAUUUAUGUUGCUUAUUCGGAUAGCGAUAGUAUCAUUGAAUCUGAUCUUGUAUACUGCAUCAAACUGUUUGAUCGCGUUGCUUUAUUUCCCGCAUCUUCCAUUCAAUCAAACAUACUCUCAUUGAAAUGGUAUGGAACAAAUUUUGACUUAGGAUGCUUGAAAUGUGAACACAAAGCAAUGAAAAGGAUUGCAUUCAUUAUUUUAUCCUCUGCAGGUGUAAUAAUCGGUUUAACUUUGCUAGUGCUUAUGCUCGGUGCUAUUAUUCGAAUUCAUCGCCAUUUCAAGAUGAAAGGCGAAGAUCAUGAAAGAAUCGAAAACUUUUUGAAGGAUUAUAAGGCUUUAAAGCCAACCAGAUUCUCCUAUGCUGACAUAAAGAGAAUUACAAACAAAUUUAAGGAUAAGAUCGGAGAAGGAGCUCAUGGAGCUGUUUACAAAGGUAAAUUAUCAAGUCAAAUUCAAGUUGCUGUUAAGAUGCUCAAUAACGCUGAAGGAGAUGGGAAGGAGUUCAUAAAUGAAGUGGGAACAAUGGGCAAAAUCCACCAUCUCAAUGUUGUCCGUUUGCUUGGCUUUUGUGCCGAUGGAUUUCAUCGUGCUCUAGUCUAUGACUUCUUCCCAAGUGGUUCGUUGCAGAAAUUCAUUUCUCCUCCUAGCAACAAAGAUAGUUUCCUUGGAUGGGAUAAGUUGCAACAAAUUGCUCUAGGCAUAGCCAAUGGAAUAGAGUAUCUUCACCAAGGUUGUGAUCAAAGAAUUCUUCACUUUGACAUCAAUCCUCAUAACGUCUUGAUCGAUGACAAUUUAACCCCAAAAAUUACAGACUUCGGUUUGGCUAAGAUGUGCUCGAAAAAUCAAAGUACUAUAUCUAUGACCGCGGCCAAAGGAACAUUAGGAUACAUGGCACCCGAAGUUUUUUCUAGAAACUUUGGGAAUGUCUCUUAUAAGUCCGAUAUAUAUAGUUAUGGCAUGUUGUUGCUGGAGAUGGUUGGGGGAAGGAAGAAUUCGAACACAACCACAAGUGAAGGAAGUCCACAAGUUUUAUAUCCAGAUUGGAUCCACAGUUUAGUUGAAGGAGGAGACAUACAAAUCCCUAUAGAUGAAGAACAGGAUGAUUUCAGAAUUGCAAAAAAAAUGGCAAUUGUGGGAUUAUGGUGCAUUCAGUGGCAACCUAUGCAUCGUCCGUCCAUGAAAACUGUGUUGCAAAUGUUACAAGGAGAGGGAGACAAGCUAAAAGUUCCACGCAAUCCUUUUGGGCCAUCGACUUCCACCAAUACAACUGCUAGUAUCGUUUCAAAACCUAUGAGUUUGGAGCUGGAAGUGAUUAAAGAGUUAGAUUAGAUGAAAAUAAUUAUUAGAUAUAUAAUAUUGUCAAUGGUUUAUUACUUUGAAACAAACUACUUACUUUUGAUUUGUAAAUUUAAGGAGAUAUAUGUUAAAUUUGAAUGUCAAAUGAAAAAUUUAGUGGACA